AUGGAGGAACCAUCAGAGGUACUAGCGAUGCAGGAACGAUGCAGCAGUUUGUCAACAUCCACCUGCACAGUGGGUGUCAGAAAUUUCGAAAAGGGGGACAACAUGGAGAACAUUCUUCAGAAACCCAGUCCUCAAUUGAGCAAUCUGGAUCUUCUAUCUCAAAUAUAUAUGCCAGGGGUCAGCAAUCGAGCAGCGGAUCCGGGGAUGCACGUUCCAGGCCAGCCUCCAAGGCAGUGGAACGCCGAAGACGGCAUCGCAGAUCUUUCCAGUAAUAGAUCUCGGGAGCGUAUGACGGGAGGAUUGUGGGAUGCUAUCAAGGAGUUUCUGUGUGCAAUCAAGGGGUACAACAUACAGCUUUUGAGAUUGUACUGGAAGGCGGUGAAGCCUGUCUUUGAUUACAGCUCUCCGUACUGGAGAGCUACUGAUCGAGAAAGUGAGGGCUGGUCGGAUCUGGCCAGCACUUGUCUUGCAUUACCCCUUGCAUUCGGUUUGUUGGUAAUAUUAGUUUGGGGUAUGGAGUUCACGGCAAUCACAAUGAAGUGCAGGGAAGAGGAGUGGGAUUGCUUGAUUGACGAGGCAUUGGCCAUGUUUCGGCGGAGCUUGACCGGAGUCUACAUGGACGACUAG